UUUAGUGAUCAAUUUAUUUACAAGUUACUGUAACGACAUUUUCUUAUUUUUUUCUCUGAUUGUUUUUUUUGCCAUGUGCUUGAUUUUUCUUUCAUAAUAAGGCACAAUUUAAUCAGCAUAACUGUCUCGCGCCACAGAACGCCUAAACCAGACCUAUGCUAAUAUUCAUUCGCACGCCUUCAUUUAUACAGUGCACUAUCCAUAUACCUGUAAUCUUACCUCACUAUACUAUAUAUUUCAAUACACGUGUUUGACACUCCCAGCAGAUGUUUUCCUUUUAAACUUGGCACCACUCAAGGUCAAUAAGUAGGAUUGUUUUCCUUUUAAACUUUGCAUCACUUAAGGUCAAUAAGUAGGACGACCUGAUUGAUGUCUGUCCAUUAAACAGAUUUUUGAUUAUUGAUUGUGACCACUAAUAUGAUGCGUAAAAUGUCAACAAAGGGCAUUUUAUAUGUAUAUAUACAGCCAUCCUAUUAUACCUCAUAACUCCAGACGUAGUCAAGCUGAUAGGUUGUGCACUGUCUAUGACUGUGCUUUAAAAGUGCUGUUACCAGUUUAGUAUUUGAGAAACAUGGACAUCUUGGAUUUCAGCUCGCUUCUCACCUUUAACACUGUGACAUUGGCCAUUGUUGUAGUACUGUUAAUCCUGUUGGUCAGCCAGUCACUACAAUGGCCGGCCAAUCUUCCACCUGGUCCAACAGGCUACCCUGUUGUAGGAUGCAUACCUUUGCUGCGAAACAGAAAUAUACUUGAGGUGUUUCGAAAAUUUCGAGCACAAUAUGGCGACGUAUUUAGCUUGAAGAUUGGACCAAAACUCACUGUGGUCAUCAACGGAACCGAUGCGUUAAAGGAAGCUUUUGUUAAACGUGGGGAUGAAUUUUCUGACAGACCAAGUGGCUUUUUACCACUGGCCAUUCUUCAAAACAGAGGUAUUGGUGGAACUUCUGGUGAACAUUGGAAACAUACCAGAACAUUUUCGUUGUCAACGCUACGGAAUUUAGGAUUCGGAAGAAGAUCGUUGGAAUCAAGGAUCCAAGAGGAAAUAACUGCUUAUUUGGACGUCAUUGCGAAACAAGACGGGAAACCCUACGAUAUGAAGGAGAUGACAGUGUUAGCAAUAUCCAAUAUCAUAUGUAGUAUUACUUUCGGAAAUAGAUUUGAGUACACUGAUGCAAAGUUCAAGCGACUUACAUCGCUUUUUGCUGAAAACUUCCGGUUAAAUUCGGUCGGAAGUGCUAUGAGAUCUUUUCCAUGGGUAAAAUAUCUUCCUGGAGAUUUCUUCAACGUUAAGAAAUUGGUUCAUAACCUCAACGAUAUCAAUGGCUUUGUCGCUGAACAAAUAGACGAACACCGAAACACACUUCAAGGAGAUGACCAGCGCGAUUUCAUUGAUGCUUUUCUGAUUCAACAAAAGAAACAUGACGUGGGAGAUCCGAUAUUUGAUGAUUUGAAUGUGAUCGUUUCCGUGAUGAACCUGUUUAUUGCUGGGACCGACACAACAGCUACUACGAUUCGCUGGGCGAUACUUUAUCUCAUUCAUAACAAACCUAUCCAGGAUAAACUGCGACAGGAGAUAGUGACCGUCGUUGGCACUUCCAGACUUCCAUCACUUGCCGACAAACCCGACAUGCCUUACUACGAAGCCUUCAUGACAGAGGUUCUCCGUAUGGGCGACAUCGCCCCCCUAUCUGUGCCUCACGGAGCAAACAAAGAUAUCCGGUUCCGAGGGAUGGUUAUCCCUAAAGGGUCAACUCUUUUACCAAAUCUUGAUUCCGUUAUGACUGAUCCAGAAUUGUUUGAGAAUCCUGAUAAAUUUCAACCCGAGAGAUUUCUAGGAAAAGACGGAAAACUAAAUGGCAAGGAAAGAGAUGUGUUGGCAUUUUCGAUAGGGCGACGAGUUUGUCUUGGGGAAUCCUUGGCAAGGAUGGAACUAUUUCUGUUCAUGACGUCGUUACUGCAGAGAUUUGAGUUUCUCCCAGAGAGCAAAGACAAGCUUCCAUCUUUCGAUGCGACUUUGGGACUGGCACGAGCGUCAAUGGACUACAGCUGUCGCGCUGUUAAACUGAAGUAAAACAAACAUAAAUCGACAGGAUGUUUAUACAUAAGCUUGUUGCUUCAGUUUGUGUGUUUAGAAUGUCAUCAUAGCUUUGUAACGGCUUUAUUAGAAAUGUGUAGGGUACAUUCUAAUGAAGAUAUAUCUACUAGUGAUAGAAUAUGUGUUGUGAUCUGUAACGUUUUCAUUUCGUGUGCGUGUUUGGAAUCCCUGUAUGAUUGUCUUCAACCAGUGACAGGAGCACAAAACGUUUUUAGAAGGUUCGUCCCAGACUAAGCAUUUUGACCAAAGGCAAAACAAGGCUCGAUACGUUUCAUUUCAAGUUAUUUUAAUAAUUCAAAAACAUUAAUUCCAAUGAUGAAUUCAACACACAUUUUUCUAGUGAAUUAAAAUACUUAAAACUGGA